AUGUUUAGUCGGUUUAUUGUGAACCUUCCAGAGGCCGACAAAUUGGCCGCUGAUCGGCUGCUUUUUCACUUGGAGGCUGCUCACUGGUUCUAUGAUGACCAUCUUCGAACAAGCUCAGAAAAGGCUGACGUCUACCCCUCGAUGAAGUUUCCGAAAUUCUGCCGUCAAAUGCUAAACAGAGACCCUGCCCUUUCGCAUUUGGUUGCAGAGAUACCGCAAUUGAUAGAAUUUUUCUCUGCACAUAAAAGAUCGGUCCCCGUUGCUGGUGUGAUCCUUCUCAACCCGUCCUUAACAAAGUGCUUGAUGGUAAGGGGGCAUCGGUCAAGAGAUACAUGGGCCUUUCCCAAGGGAAAACUAAGUGAGGGCGAGUCUAUGGCACACUGUGCGACUCGAGAAUUAUAUGAAGAGACAGGCUACAAUUGUGGAGGUGCGUCGGUGCUUUAA